AUGAGUGAAGAACAAUUAUUAACAGGAGGUUUCGAUAAUUAUGAAGCUAUUGAAGUACAGCCACCUAAGAAAUCCACUUUAGAGUCUGAGUUAAAGUUCACUGCCAAAUCUUCAGGUCCUUUGAUUAUUAGUUUUUUUUUACAAUACUUAUUGUCAGUAACAACCAUUUUUUCAGCAGGUAAAUUAGGAGCUAAAGAAUUGGCUGCUGCAUCCUUAGCUGUAUGUACAUUUAACAUUACGGGUCUUGCAGUGUAUCAAGGGAUGUCCACAUCUUUAGAUUCCUUCUGUUCCCAAGCUUUUGGUUCAGGAGAUUUCUUCAAUGUUGGUGUAUAUUUCCAAAGAUGUUCUUUGAUGAUCUUUGUGGUUACUAUCUUUCCUUUGAGUUUUAUAUGGUGGUUUGCUGCUGAUAUUUUAACUCCUAUGAUUGGUGAUAGAGAAUUAGCUGAAUUAACUCAAUUAUAUUUGAGAGUUAUUACUUUGGGAACCCCAGGUUUGUUCCUUUUCGAAACCGGAAAGAGAUUUUUACAAGCCCAACAUAUCUUCAAUGCUGCCACUUACAUUUUGUUGAUUGUAGCACCAAUUAAUAUCAUCUUGAAUUACAUUUUAGUAUGGCACCCAGAUUACGGUUUGGGUUUUAUCGGUGCUCCAAUUGCCUGUACCAUUGUAUAUUGGUUGAUGACUAUCUUAUUGGUCUUAUAUAUCAUAUUCAUUGAUGGUAAGAAAUGUUGGAAUGGUUUUGAUUUCCAAAAAGCAUCCAUCAAUUGGAUUCCUAUGUUGAAAUUAGCUUUACCUGGAGUGAUCAUGGUAGAAGCUGAAUAUCUUGCAUUUGAAGUCUUAACCAUUUUGGCUGCUUCUUUCGGUACAGAUGCUUUAGCUGCUCAAUCCAUCGCUUCUAAUGUUGGCUCUUUAGCUUUCCAAUUAGCUUUUGCUGUAGCUGUUGCCAUAACUACUAGAAUUGGUCACUUUGUUGGUCUGAAAGAUGUCACUGGAGCUCGUAAUUUGUUGAAAGUGUUCCUUAUCUUAUCUUCGCUCCUUUCAGUUGUCAAUUUCUCGUUAUUAUUCUUUGGUCGAUCAAUGUUAGCACGUUUAUUUACUGACGAGAAGGGAGUUUUGGAAAUUUCUAAACAAUUGAUAACUCUAGCAGCCAUCAAUCAAAUUUUUGAUUCGUUCAAUGUUCUUGGUGCUGGUGUUUUAAGAGGUCAAGGUAAGCAAAGAAUUGGGUCAAUUUUAAAUAUGAUCUCAUAUUAUAUUAUUGCUUUACCAAUCGGUUACAUCUUAGCUUUUCCUUAUGGUCACGGGGUUGCUGGAUUAUGGUGUGGUCUUAUUUGUGGUGUAGCUUUCUUGGCCGUCUCUGAAUGUGUGGUUAUUUAUUUUAGUGACUGGGAAGCUAUUUUUAUAGAAUCGUACAAUCGUCAUGAUCAUUAA